GACAAACACUGAGGUUCUGCUGUAGUGAAAAGGGCUCCCGCUAAGGAUGGAAAAUCUUGCUUUGUGACGGAUUAUAGCGACACACGCAUUGCUGAAGUACUAUAUUUUUUUCAAGGAUGGGUGUUCGACAAACAGAGGAAUAUGUCUGGUUUUAUUUUAUCGCACUGCUUGCUCUUUGUGACUGGUCGACGUCGCAGUUAUUGUACUCCAUUUCCGAGGAGGUGAACAAAGGCACUGUGGUGGGGAAUAUCGCAAAGGAUUUGAACCUAAAUGUCCAAGAGCUGGAGACAAGGGAUCUCCGUAUUGUUUCGAGUUACAGUAAGGAAUAUUUUGGCGUAAAUGUGCAGACCGGAAUUCUGUUUGUAAAUGACAGAAUUGACAGAGAGGAGGUUUGUCCGAACACAAUACAAUGCUCGCUUAGAAUACAAGCUGUUCUGAGCAAUCCAAUGCACGUACAUCGCAUUGAGAUUGGUGUUUUAGAUGUUAAUGAUAACUCCCCUGAAUUUCUGGAAAAAUCCUGUUUGCUGAACUUCUCUGAAUCAUUGUCACCCGGAGAACGAUAUCUUCUCCCGGUAGCGAUAGAUGCAGACAUAGGAAGUAACGCAGUAAAAACAUACAAGCUAAGUCAAAAUGAACACUUCUCGCUGGAUGUUCAGAGCGGUGGAGAACACGGUGUGUCUGCUGAAUUAGUACUGCAAAAGACUUUAGAUCGAGAAAAGCAGCCUGUUCUUAAACUUAUUCUCACAGCUGUCGAUGGAGGGAAACCUCCUAGAUCAGGAACACUCCAAAUAAUUAUUAAUGUAAUAGAUGCAAAUGAUAAUUCACCAGUAUUUACCAAAUCGCUUUAUAAAGUUCGAGUGCCUGAAAAUGCUGUGAAGGGAACUGUUAUUAUAAAAUUAAACGCAACAGAUUUAGACGAGGGUAUUAAUGGUAAGAUUAUGUAUUCGUUAGUUAAACGGGGCAAUAUCGACCCAUCUAGUAUGUUUGAUCUAAAUUCAGAAACUGGAGAAAUCACUGUUAGGGACACUUUAGAUUAUGAAAACACACCUGCUUACGAAGUAAGAGUUCAAGCAAUAGAUCAAGGUCACUCUCCUCGAACUACCCAUGCUAAAUUACUCAUAGAAAUAAUCGACGUUAAUGACAAUGCGCCAGAAAUAUCUGUGACAUCUCUGAUGACUCCUGUAAAAGAGGAUGCAGAACUCGGGACAAUCGUUGCUUUGACAACAGUUACUGAUAAAGAUGGAGGAAAUAAUGGUUUAACUAACUGUAAGGUAGUGGGGUCUGUUCCGUUUAAACUAAAGUCCAACUACAAAAACGAUUUUUCAUUAGUAGUAGAUGGACCACUGGAUAGAGAACACACCCCGUUUUACAAUGUGACCAUUACAGCCACUGAUGAAGGGAGUCCGCCUCUAUCUAGUAUCAGAAUCAUUACUGUUCAUGUUUCUGACGUCAACGACAACGCACCUCGGUUCACAGAGCCUGUAAUUAAUAUCUAUGUGAAAGAAAAUAGUCAAACAGGCUCCAAUAUUUACAGCAUCAAUGCGUUGGAUUCAGACUUGGACAACAACGCAAGACUGACUUACACACUGUUAGACAGUUAUCCAAGAAAUAUUCCUGUUGCGUCACUUUUAAACAUCAACUCAGAGACAGGAGAUAUAGUCAGUUUACAGUCUUUUAACUAUGAAGAGACAAAAACGUUUCAGUUUAAGGUUCAGGCCACCGACUCUGGUGUUCCUCCGCUCAGUAGCAAUGUCACCGUUAACGUUUUUAUCCUGGAUGAGAAUGACAACAGUCCCACAAUCCUGGCUCCUUAUUCUGAACACGGUUCCGUUAACAGUGAGAACAUUCCCUAUUCUGCUGAAGCGGGAUACUUUGUGGCGAAGAUCAGGGCCGUAGACGCAGACUCUGGAUACAAUGCACUGCUUUCUUAUCACCUCUCUGAACCCAAAGGAAACAGCCUGUUCCGGAUCGGAACCAGCACCGGCGAAAUCAGGACUAAGAGGAGGAUGAGUGACAAUGAUCUGAAAACUCACCCCUUGGUGGUGUUGGUUUCUGAUAAUGGAGAACCCUCCCUGUCAGCUACUGUGUCUAUUGAUGUAGUGGUGGUUGAAAACACAGCUGACAUCCAGACUCAGUUCAGACAUGUACCCAUAAAGGAGGAGAGCUUCUCUGAUUUAAACCUGUAUCUGCUGAUCGCCAUUGUGUCAGUGUCCGUGAUCUUUCUGCUGAGCCUCAUCACUUUGAUAGCGGUCAAAUGUCACAGGACAGACGGCAGUUUCAGCAGGUACAGCGCCCCCAUGAUCACCACCCACCCUGACGGGAGCUGGUCUUACUCUAAAUCCACUCAGCAGUAUGACGUGUGUUUCAGUUCAGACACACUGAAGAGUGACGUAGUGGUUUUCCCCGCCCCGUUUCCACCUGUCGAUGCUGAACUGAUCAGUAUCAACGGAGGAGACACUUUUACAAGAACUCAGACUUUACCCACUAAAGAAAAGGUAUGUGUACCUUGGUUCAUGUUACUUCACUUAUUUCCUAUUAAUAAUCUUCCACCUAAAAUGUAAUUUGACUGAAUAUUU